CUGCGUUUUCCCUCCUGAGUGGAUUGCUUCUGCUGCAGCUUCUGUGUCAUUAUGCUGGCCGACUGCUGGACAGCGAUGGCGUCGCUGGCGGUGUUCUUCGCCUCGCUGGUGCUCCUGUGGUUCUACCGCUACCGCACGCACUUCGCGCGCCGAGGCGUUCCGUACCUACCGCCCGUGCCCUUCGUGGGCAACAUGCUCCCUGUGGUCCUGGCUCGCGAAGCCCUAUCCGAGAGGGUGCUGAGUCUCUACCGCCAACUGCAGCCACAUGCAUACGCAGGAGUUUUCUACUUCAGAGAACCCGUCUUUAUGAUCAACGAUCCAGAAAUCAUUCGCGCAGUCACCGUCAAAGACUUCGACCACUUCACCGAUCACUUGCCGUUUGGGGUCACCGAUAGAGCUAAUCCUCUGUUCAAGAGGAUGCUCUUUUGUCUAACAGGAAAAGAAUGGCAGACCAUGCGCUCGACACUCUCUCCAGCAUACACGACAAUGAAGAUGAAGAACAUGUUCGUGCUGAUGUCUGAAAUUGGCCUGCAAGUGGUUGACUAUUUGAUGAAAGUAACCAAAGAAGAUGAAGACGGCUCAGUGACACUGGAGAUGAAGGACUUCUACGCCCGCGUGACUAACGACGUAAUAGCUUCGACGGCCUUCGGUUUCCGAGUUGACUCCAUAUCGAACCCGGACAAUGAGUUCUACCGCAUGGGACGCGACCUGACAAACUUCAGCGGGCUGCGGGGAAUCAUCGCCAUAGGCUAUAUGAUAUUCCCGAGGCUUAUGGAGCUUUUGAACAUACCGUUCUUCCAUCCCAGGACGGAGGGAUUCUUUAGAUCCCUGGUUUCUGAGGCAAUCAGGGUACGUGAAGAACAGAAAAACGAGAGACAGGAUUUGAUUCAAUUACUUAUGCAGAUCAGAGGUGGUGAGCGUGCAUCUCAAGCAGAUGAAGACGGAAGAAGCUCUGGAAGCAAGAGAACAGUCUUGGAUGAAGACGGCAUCGCGGCCCAAGCGAUGACUUUUUUCUUCGCCGGUUUCGAGACUGUAUCCACACUGAUGACAUUCUGCAGCUACUUGUUAGCCACGCACGAGGACGUGCAGUGGCGGCUACACCGGGAAGUGAAGGACAUCGUGAAGGGCUGCGGCGGGCAGCCCAGCUAUGAAGACGUCAUGGGUUGCCAGUAUCUCGACAUGGUCAUCUCAGAGACGCUGAGACUGCACUCUCCUGGGGCUGUGCUGGACCGCCAGUGCACACGCCCGUACGGCCUUCCAGCCACAGAGACUUGCCCAGGAGUCGAACUGCGACCUGGAGAUGGCAUCUGGGUGCCUGUCCACGGCAUCCACCGCGACCCCAAGUACUUUCCGGAGCCAGAUCGCUUCGACCCGGAACGGUUCAGCCCGAAGAACAAGCACCUCAUCAAACAAUUCACUUACUUCCCAUUUGGAUCCGGACCUCGCAGCUGCAUUGCUCAAAGGUUCGCGUUACUGGAGACGAAGGUGCUGCUCGUGCAUCUAUUGUCUCGGUUCCACCUGCAGCUGGAUCCAAGGACCGUCAUACCACUGGAGCUGGACACCAAGAACUUCGGGCUGAACAUCAAGGGUGGGACGUGGCUGUGUCUGCGGAGGAGAAAAUGACUGCUGUUCCAGAAGUCCCUUAGGUAAACAUCUGCGAAACGUGUAGGCAAGGGGUACAUUUACGGUAGUGCGCCUCACAAACGGUGGUUGCUUUCUGUGCCAUUCACUCAUCCAUCCAUUAUGUUUCAUAGCUCCCAUCAGGGUGUACUGUGUUUAGGGUGUACGUUGACAAGGCGGGAACAACUCCUAGACACUUCAUCCGUACAGUGUAUGAACAGUAACCUAUCACUGCACAGGGUGUAACAAAAACGUAUGGCCACUCUUCCAGGAAACAUUCCUCAUAUGUAGAGGAGGAAAAUAUGUUAUAUGCACAUUGAAACUUCUUUAUUUAAAUGAUUGUGUCUGCACUUAAAUUGCUGAAAGACUGAGACCCACAAAAUCCUAGCGCAACGCAAUCUGACUGCUCAAAAAAAGAUAAUCUGACUUCAAAUGAAGGGCUUAUUUCAAUAGUGGUACAAGUCCAUUUUUGUUCAUUUUGAGAUACAGAAUCCUACAUUAAAGGAGCGCUGAAAGAUCUGCAGUUGAGAUAC